AUGGGCCGAGUGAAGCUAAAGAUAAAGAAACUAGAUAGCAUUAAUGCACGUCAAGGUACGUAUUGCAAAAGGAAAAAUGGGAUCAUGAAAAAGGCUAAAGAGUUAUCCAUCUUAUGCGACAUAGAUGUUGUGCUUCUCAUGUUCUCUCCCACCGGAAAGCCUUCCCUGUGCACCGGGAAACAAAGUAUUGGAGAAGUUAUUGCUAAGUUUGCUCAACUUGCUCCCCAAGAAAGGGCAAAGAGGAAGUUGGAUAAUCUGGAAGCCUUGAAGAAAACAUUUAUGAAGCUUGACCACGAUGUAAAUAUAUCAGAGUAUCUAGACAGAAGUAAACCAACGGUUGAGGUUUUAAGCCAACAAGUCAGGUUUCUACAAACACACUUAUCAGAAAUACACACAAGACUAAGCUAUUGGACUGAGAUCGAGAAGGUUGGCAGCAUUGAUGAUUUGCAGCAACUAGAGAAUUCAAUAAGGCAGUCUUUGUAUCAAAUCCGUGUUCAUAAGAAUGCACUGCAACACCAUCAGCAGCAGCAGCAACUUAUGUCCAUUGAAUGCAAAAACGAGGUAGAGAAUCAGAGUGACAUAGAUCUGGAUUUUGGAAUUGAUAUAGAGCAACAGCUUGAGAAUUUCUCAUGGGUUCGUACUGAUGAAAACAUGAAUGCUCCUCUAAAAGAAGACCAAGACCCUAAUUUGCAGUUUUAUCAUACGUAUAAGGACGUAACUUGCUCCGCAAGUUCAUCUUUUGAAAGUUACUCAGGGCUCUUUGGUAAAAACUCGGAUAUCAAAGCACCAAUGCCAGAAACUGGUGGCGUUCCUGGGAUAUUAGCUGAUCAAAACAUGCAAUACAGCAAUCUCAGUUUCCUAAAUGAUCCAAAGCUUCAGCAACUAGCUGAAUGGAAUCUAUUAGGGAGCCCUGCGGAUUACUACGUUAACCAGAUCUUGGAAGCUUCUUACAGGCCUCAGUUUGGAGGAAACUGGCCUUCUUCUGAGACGUUAACUUAUCCUUUUACCGUGUCUGAUGAUCCUAUGUUUUCACGGCAGCAAAACCUAUAAGUAGCUCUAGGAAAACACUGAAGCGUUGAUCCGAAGACGGGCCUUGUAAUGAUCGAGCAGUCACGAGAAUGCGAAAGAAGCUAGGAUUGGUGAGUUACAAGGG